AUGCUUCAGGGAGGAGGGUGGGCUCGCGGGGACGGUUUCCGGGUUUCCCUUCCUGGGCUGGAACAGCGGCAAGAGGCAUAAAGGCUCCUGUUGAUUAACAAUAAUUCAAAGUUACGUUCAGGCUUGUUGACCCAGUAAACAGCAGUGAUGUCUCAGUCCGGAGAGAAAGGGAAGUUCCCAGAUGCAACAGGUUAUGUUGGGUUUGCCAACCUCCCUAACCAAGUGCACCGAAAAUCGGUGAAAAAAGGGUUUGAAUUCACCCUAAUGGUUGUAGGGGAGUCUGGUUUGGGAAAAUCCACACUCAUAAACAGCCUGUUCCUCACUGAUCUCUACCCUGAACGCUACAUCCCUGGUGCCGCAGAGAAGAUUGAGAGGACGGUGCAGAUUGAGGCAUCAACCGUGGAGAUCGAGGAGAGAGGAGUGAAGCUUCGCCUCACAGUGGUUGACACCCCUGGAUAUGGCGAUGCCAUCAACAGCCAGGACUGCUUCAAGACCAUCAUCGAGUACAUUGACAAUCAGUUUGAGCGAUACCUCCACGAUGAGAGCGGACUGAACCGAAGACACAUUGUGGACAACAGGGUUCACUGCUGCUUCUACUUCAUAUCCCCAUUUGGACACGGUUUGAAGCCUCUGGAUGUGGAGUUCAUGAAGGCUAUCCACAGCAAAGUAAACAUCGUUCCGGUCAUCGCCAAGGCUGACACACUGACUCUGAGGGAGAGGGAUCGCCUGAAGAGAAGGAUCCUGGAUGAGAUUGCAGAGCACGGGAUCAGGAUUUAUCAGCUACCUGAUGCCGACUCUGACGAGGACGAGGAGUUUAAAGAGCAGACCAGAGUUCUGAAGGCAAGCAUUCCCUUUGCUGUGAUUGGCUCCAACCAGCUGAUUGAGGUGAAGGGGAAGAAGAUCCGUGGCCGUCUGUACCCCUGGGGAGUUGUUGAAGUGGAGAACCCCGAGCACAAUGACUUCCUCAAACUGCGCACCAUGCUUGUCACCCACAUGCAAGACCUGCAGGAGGUAACUCAGGAUCUGCAUUAUGAGAACUUCCGCUCAGAGAGGCUGAAGACCGGCAGCAGCAGGGCUGUGGAUGAGGAUGAGGUGGAUAAAGACCAGAUCCUGCUACAGAAAGAAGCAGAGCUGAGACGCAUGCAGCAGAUGAUCGCUCAGAUGCAGGCACAGAUGAAGAUGAAAUCAGACGAGUGAAAGAGUUGCAGCAGAAGGGAAACACGGUGAUCCCAACCCACCAGCAAACACACACACACACACACACACACACACACACACACACACACACACACACACACCUGUUCCUCUAAAUCCAUCCCUGCCUGCUGUCGCGCUGCAGAUCCACAGAGAAUGCAAAUAUCUAGGAUCACAUCAAUUUUUUAUCAGCACACCUCUUUCCCUUCUCCUUCUCCUUCCUCUUCCUCUUCCUCUUCUUGGUCCCUCCAAACAUCCGUCAUUUUAAUCAACAUAUCUACUAUGACGUUUUUGAUUCUCAUUAUAACUCCACAGAGCUGCAAGUGACAAUGGUACUAAGAGUUUUUGCCAACACACUAUCAUGUUUACAAAAGUAUAUAUGUAUGAAUUAUGCAUUUUGCUUCAGAUGGCAUCAUUUUCCAUGUAAUUUGCUAUCAGGUUAAGACUGUUGUGAACAUAGUUUUACUUAAAAUGUUGAAAAGCCGUUUGCAUCUCAUUCAUUUUAGAGUGAUCGUAUGAGUGGAUCAGUAGCCUCUCGAUUGUUUCAGUGCCUUGAUUGCGUCUGAUAAUGCAAUAAUUAUGAAUAUUACUACACUUCCAGAUGAGUUGGUUUAUAAAUUAGGUUAACUGUUUUUGCAGAGAAGGAGAAAAUGCUUGUUUUCAACUUUUCUAGCCAACGUCACAUACUUACUGCUAAAGUUUAUUUUUGCUUUAGGCUGGAAAUCUACUAUAUGCAAGUAACCAAACUAAUCAAAUUUAGUUAAGAGAAACAACAUGGCGUAAGGGUCAUGUUAUAGCUGAAUUAAAAUGCCAUGUUGUUAAUAUUAUUUUAUUUAUUAUCAAGAGAUGCAGGAUCUUUAAUGUCAGUGCCAAACUACAGCCUGUAUAGUCCUCACACUAUUCACUCCGGUAACUUUUUGACUUGUUGCUUACCUGAUGUCAUUUAAUGUGUGAACAUAUUAUUUGUACACUACAUGUGCAGCCUUUCAUCCCACUGUAUUUUGGCUGUCCAAUUUUAAAUCAAGUACUUAAUAUCAACUUAAUUAAAAGGUAACUGUUAUAUGUGUAAACACCUUUUGUUUAGCAGUGCCGUCUAACUGUGCUUUCGUCAAUGUGUUGUUGGCAUGAUUUUGUUUUUCUGUCUAUUGCUCUUAUAUGCAAAUCUGUCUAUUGAACUUAUUUUAAACACACAUAACUGUUAUAUCUUAACCAUAUCUCAGUAUAGACUUGUUUUUAAGAUUUCUUUUGUAUUUCUGUCUUGAAUAAAUUUGUUAAGAGAAUAAAAAGUUGACACAGA